AUGUUAAAUGAAGCAGAUUCAAUCCCUUUACUGCUAGCCACAAAGGUUUUGCAACCAGUUCAAGGAAGGGAAGUGGAUGCAAUGAAGUGUAUGGCAGAGGCUUUCAAAGAAAGGAGUUUAAGUAAAUUCAACAAGUGCCUCAAGGAAUAUAACAAAGAACUGAUGAACGACCCAGUGGUCUCUGCUCAUUCAAGGCAGCUUCGAGAUAGCAUGUUAGAGAAGGAAAUCGCCCGCGUAAUCGAACCCUAUUCGGAGAUUGAUCUCGCCCAUAUCCAACAAUGCGUUGGCCUAACAUCCAAACAAAUUGAGAAAGCCGUGUGUACGAUGCUCUUGGAUAAGAAAUUCUAUGGUGUCAUUGACCAGCAUAAUGGCACCGUGCACGUCUAUCAAAUCCCGCAUCAGGAUAAA